AUGGAACAAGGCUGCAAUAAGUACAUAUGGGCUAUUUCAAAUAAACAAGAGAGCUUAUGGCUCAAAUGGGUCCAUAGUGUCUAUAUAAAGAAUCAGACAUGGGGGGACUACUCUCCUUCCAUACAUUCUAGUUGGUAUUGGAAGAAGAUGGUCGCCUUGAAAGACCAAAUCCGAGAAAAGGUAGAUUUUGAUGCUUUUCAGAAGCAAAAAUAUAGUGUUGCAGCUGGAUAUAAAAUGUUUUCCCCACCCGUAACUAGGCUGCAUUGGAGUAAAGAAGCUUGGUCAAGGCUUAACAUUCCAAAACAUAGUGUCAUAGCUUGGUUGGCAAUGCUAAACAGGUUGAAGACACAAGAUAGACUGAUGCGAUUUGGCCUUCAUGUUCAGGGAACUUGCUGCUUAUGUGAGCUACAAUUAGAGACUUGCCAGCACUUAUUCUUUGAGUGUUCUGUUGCUGAGAAAUGUUUGCAGGAUCUGAAGAACUGGCUGAACUGGCAUGCCCAAACCAGUAGCCUUCAGCAACUUCUCAAGUGGAUUGGGAAGUCCAAAUUGUCAAAGUUUAAAAAGGGAGUCCUCACGGCUGCUGUUAUAGGGCUGGUGUACAACAUUUGGAGGGCCCGAAAUGAAGUUGUUUGGCAAAAAGCUAGAGUUAACCCGACUCGAAUUGUUGAAGAAACAAAAUGGAACAUAAAGACUCGGAUUGAUAGGGUGAUGCCUAAAAAGGUCAAGACUAAUGAUAGAGAUUGGUUUAUUGCUUUGUAA